AUGAAGGCGAACGUACAAGAGAAUGACGCAUUUAAGGCAUGCACACCACUGAGGAGAUCUAUCAGACUUAAGAGAAAGGAGCUCGCGGAAUCUGUGAGUGUAGAUGUACCUUCUCUGCAAAAAGAAGAGAAAAAGGGGAGUGUGAAGAAACGCAAACAAAAAUUUGAUGUGCCCAAUAAAGGGGCAUUUGAAGAUAAAGAAACCUACGAUGAAUGGGGUAAUCCAAGUACUCCUCCACACAAUCCGCCCGACCUUGGAGGCGUACAGGAUACAAAAUGCAUCGCCAAGCAGGGUGGUUUCGAACAGGAAGAUCACCCCGCAGCCGUUGGACCUGACCAGACGCAGCAGAUGGAUAUGGUCCCUUCGCCACAACAACUUCAGAUGAUUGUUCACAGUGGACUAGGUAUGUACUCCCCUAUUCAAGCAAAACCUAUUCAGCUGGUCGUUCGCACCACACCUCCCGAUAACAGGUCGCCUCCAGAGGGAUCACAACAAGGAACCCCAGAUAACGCUCACACUGGCCCUUUGAAUGGGCGUGGUCAGAAGCGUGUACCGCAGAAGUCUGACAAAAUAAGAGGCCCGUACACCUGCGAAGCAAGGGUAUCUCAUCUAUUUGCAAGUAGCACGAAACCCGCUUAUGCACCUAUUGAACCUCUUAAUGCCAACAAAUGGGAGACAUUCAGAAAAACUCUGGGAAGGGCGAAAGCUACGUCCUUCGAUAUCAUCACGGGGCAGACUGUUUCGAAUGGAUUCUUCCUCCAGAUUGCGAAGCCAACACAGUGGCUCUCAACACCUAUACGCUAA